CAUCAUGUUGGGCUCGGUCUAUUCUUAUCUGAAGUAGACGACGCGCAGUGAGAGCCGGGAACCAGCUCACGCUUGCGUUACACCGGCCCUACAAAAUUUGAGGGCGUCGUCAAAACGUUUUCAGGAGGGGAAACUAACGUCUGACAAUGUUGUGCCCAUACUGUGGAGAAGAUGCUGUAAUCAAAGAUAAGAUAGGAGCGCACGAACAAUCAAUUUGUUCCGAGUGUGGUUUGGUUGUGUCUGACCAAACUUUCGAGGAUAGUACAGACUGUUACUUCAACGCUCCGUCACUCGGCGCCCUGCCCACAGGGGCAAGCUCAAGUUUACUCGCUGCUAAAAGAGACGCCGAUAAGAAAAGUGACUUUGUCAGCCCCAUCGGUGUAGAGGAAAUAACGUGCAUAUGCAGUGCGAUGGGGGGCAUCAGCAGUUCUUGGAAGGAAGAAGGAAUGAUGAUAUAUGAAGAUGCAUGUAAACAUCCAGACAUGGAGGUUAGAAACAGAUCCAAACAGUUCAAAGAAGCUUUGGGUGCUUGCUGUAUGUAUAUUGUUUUGCGCCGACAUGAGUAUCCAAUCACUGCAAGGGAAAUGACAAGUUCAAGGAGACUACCCAUCAAUGACUUCAUUUUGAUGUUGCGUCGUAUGAAACAGAUAAUGAAAAUUGAAUUGCCAAGAUGGAGCAUGGGGCAACUCACGGCCCAUACACUGCAGAAAGCAAAUUUUGAUAGGGGGGUUAUUGAAAGAACCCAAAAGCUGAUGCAAAUAUGUGAUAAAUGUUGGCUUGUUAGUGGCCGAAGUCCAGAAGCUAUCAUUGUCAUAGCAGCCUACUUUGCUUGGUUGUCAUAUCAGAAGUCAGAUGUUGGUUGUGUCAGUUUGUCGUCAUUUUGCAAAGCAAACAAUCUCCGUCUUCCAAAAAGUAAUGGCAUCCUGAAAAGAAUGAAGGAUAUUUUGCUUGCAAUGGCAGAACGUAUUCCAUGGAUUAAAAGCAUAAAGCCAACACAACUGCUCUACUAUAUUGAAGAUAUCGUUAAGUACAAAGCUAGUCUCAUGAGAAAAGCCUUUGCUGUUGAAGAAAAUGGGGAGUCAGCUGAUUUGGGACAUGAUAGAACAGAACUAUGUUUAAAACCACCCUUAAGUAGAAAGAGGAAGGUUGAGGACAGCGACCCGGGUGUAAAAAGUAAUGAUGAAAUUGAUGCAGAGAUAUCCGCCAAAUAUGGACAUGUGAUCAACUCUACUGAAAUUGAUCCUAAUGAAUUUGCAGAUGAAAUGGACAUGUACAUCAAGACAGUGAAGGAAAAAGAAGAUGUUAAACUGAUUCGUCAAAUUGGUGGCACUGGUUCAUGAGUGCAUGCUUAAACUGAUCAGUUGGACAGUUCAUGUGAGAUUCAAGCAGUGUGGUAGGAUGAUAAGCUCCAUAAAAAUCAAUAAGCUAGGACAGAACAUGUUGUUAUUUUUAUGUUAUAAGAGUAUUGAAAGACACAUUAACUAUUUCGCUCAUACCCUUGUUGGGUUAAAAUUCUGUAAUUUGCACAGUGGAUUAUGUCAUGUAAUGUUAGAAGGAAAGGAUGGACACAUCUGAUUGUAAGAGGGGCAGGAAAUGGUAGUUCGUGCCAAUAUUUCAAUCUGCUGUCCUCUAAGAGAAUUUCUGCAAAUAUUUUUUGUGCACCAUAUUAAAUGAUCUUAAUCAAUCGUAAAAGUGUCCUUGAUUAGAACUCAGUUUCCAACUGCAUUUUACUAAUUCAUUAAGAAAUUCCGCUUACUCUUUACAUGGCUUAGAGGAUAGCACAUAUGUUAUACUUAAAGGGUUCACAUCUUUCAUUUCUAAGGACAUAAACUUAUUGACAUCCAAACUUUUCCGAGCAUUAUGCCAUUGUAUCAAAAUUUGUUACUGAUAAACAACAUGAUAGACGAAUGUCUUAUCAAAACUUAAGAAGGAAUCAUGGAAAUCUUCCUAAGUCAUUUUGGCGCUAACAAAGCAAGUGAAUGAGAAUGUCAAGUCUGUCUGAUAUGGAGUAUGUAAAAGGAGAAUGUCCGAUCAAAAGUUGAUAAUAUUUAAUUUUAAAAUCAUGAAAAUGUUCCUAAGUCAUUUGCCACAAGCAAAAUUACUAGAUGAGAAUGGCUGGUCUGUGAGGCAUGGAGUACCAGUAUGUUGUAAUGCAUCUACAUGGUGGCAAUAGAUGCAUGACUUUCACACUGGACGCUCCGGCCAGUUUAAGCUGAUUUGGUGAUAUAGGUGAAAUGCUGUUUAUGUUAAAGGUUGUGAAACAAAAAUCUCUGACUAGUUAACCAUAAAUGAUGUGUUGAAACAAGAUCAAAUGUAAUCAUGUCAAAAAGUUGAAAUAAAGAAAUGAUGCAUGAAUAACUGUGUUAUAGGUUACCUGGAUCUCAUGCUGUAUCUGUGAUUAUGAUGUAAUUCCAACAAAGUGCCAAUCCGUAUCAGUGAUGUGCAAGACCUGUUGAAUGAAAUAAGUUGUGUGUACGACCAUGAUGACAGCAGUGAUUUAUUGAGUGCAAAACAGGUCUUUUUACAUUUUAUAUUAUAGAUUUCAAGAUUUUGUAAGUUACAUUGCUUUUGUUGAACAUGUUGAAGAAUAAAUGGUUCUGUAAAA